CACUUUACAAACAUUUCCAGCCGUGCCGAGUUCACUGCAGGGUGUAUGUAUGUAUGUGUGUGUGUGUAUGUGUGUAAGUAAGAGAGAGUUAGAGAGAGAGAGCUUUAAGGAAAUUCUUGCAAUAACCUAAAGUUGGUCUAAUAAUUAAUUAAUUUAAAGUUUCUACACGGUGUCGGUUUGUUUUUUAUUUUUAUUUCUAUUUCUGGAAGCGUUUGUGUUUUGUUUUCUCCCCCCCAGCACAUUAAGGUUCUCCAACUGGUUCAGCAAGAGGCCCUCACUAUGUCUGAUGGGGACUACGAUUACCUCAUCAAGUUCCUAGCCCUGGGGGAUUCUGGGGUGGGAAAGACCAGCUUCCUGUACCAGUACACGGACGGCAAGUUCAACUCUAAAUUCAUCACCACAGUGGGAAUCGACUUCAGAGAAAAGCGGGUGAUGUACAAGUCCAGCGGGCCUGACGGUGCAGCGGGGCGGGGCCAGAGGAUACACGUUCAGCUGUGGGACACGGCCGGCCAGGAGAGGUUCAGGAGUCUGACGACGGCCUUCUUCAGAGACGCCAUGGGUUUCCUGUUGCUGUUCGACCUGACGAACGAGCAGAGCUUCCUCAACGUCAGGAACUGGAUGAGCCAGCUGCAGAUGCACGCGUACUGCGAGAACCCCGACAUCGUGCUGUGUGGGAACAAGUGCGAUCUGGAGGACCAGCGAUUCGUCAAGGAGGAGGAGGCUCGAGAGCUCGCCAGUAAAUACGGGAUCCCGUACUUCGAGACGAGCGCGGCGAACGGUGAGAACGUGCCCCAGGCUGUGGAGGUCCUGCUGGAUCUGAUCAUGAAGCGUAUGGAGAGGUGCGUGGACCGGUCGUGGAUCCCCGACGGCACCAUGCGCUCCAACGGGCACAGCGGGAGCGAGAUGCUCGAACCGCCGACACAGGAGAAGAGCAAGUGCGCCUGCUAGUGGCCAGACGGUGCCACUGCGCCAUCUUAUUAUCAGAAAAACGUCCACUUAGAUUAGCACAUAAAACACAUAAAAGCACCACUAGUGGCCAAACAGCGCCAUUACACCUUGUUAUACUGUUAUUGAACACGGGGCUGGAUCUCACCUUUAUGCUUUAUACAGUAAUCAGGCCUGAGGGUUUCCGAAAAGAAUUACAGUACUAAUUGUUAUAAAAUCUAAAUGUAACUUGAGCUUUUAAAGCUAAACUUAAAGAUGAACUUUUAAAGCUUGGGUAAUUCAGAGCAACAGAUACAAGUUCGCAUGCUCCGACACAGAAAUCUGAAGCCAGUACCAUUCCAUAAACUGUCCCAAGUGUGUCAGAUUAUUCCUAAACGCUGGUCUCUUGGGUGAAGCCAGUCGUUUUCCUCCACCGGUGCUUCUUAAUGACUUCUGUAAAUUGCCCACUAUUUGGAUUUGAAGUGUGUGUGUGUGUGUGUGUGUGUGUGUGUGUGUGUGUGUGUGUGUGUGUGUGUGUGUGUUUGUAUUUUCUCACUAGAUUUAAUGGACUGUGGAUUGGACUGGGAGGGGUUCCACUGAGAAAGUGUGUGCGUGAAUUAACGGGAAAAAAAAAAAAAAAAAAGUUUCACGAGUGAUUUAUUAAAACUCCGAUAAGACAAGCCGUGAAAAACACGAAAGGCUUGAUUUAGAUACACGCCGUUCCCUCACGCCAUGAAAAUUUAAUAAUAAUGGAAGUCUAUCACGAAGCACAAAAUCUUUGGCGUGACCGUCAACCUUUACCCACACCCACUCCUUCGGCGACGUACGACACAGUAGGACGUGACGCGCACUUCAUGCUGAGACGACGUAACCCGUCUUCACACGCUUACGAGCCACAAGCGUUUUGUGUCGGUCGUCACGUACCGUACGUGUUCUCCGGCACAGCGGGUGGCGCUGUUUAAAAUCGAGACCGUUUCCGCGACUACAGGAAGACCAUCGGUCGCUAUUCAGAGUCGUGUCCGAACGAAUCGGCUGUAACGACCACAUGGCGAAUCUGUAUGAUCCCGGUUAGCUCUGCAAUUACGUCUUAGCGUCUGCCAAACAUCAAAGCACGAGAUAGGCCGAAGUGUGUAACAAAAACAAAGCUUCACGGUGGAGGCGGACGAUGGAAUAGAACGUUACGUAAGCGGCCAUGUUGGACAACACUCUUGGAAUGGCUUUUUUUUUAAUUUUUUUAAUUUUUUUUUAUCUCCGCUCAGCUUUGGGAUCACUACGCCUCUCUAGGCUCCGCCCCCCACUAGUCGUCUCACCUGAAAUGAUAUUGUACGAUUUUUUUUUUUUUUUUUCUCCACGUUAUGAAUUAUGAAUAGUAUACCACCGGGAAUUUCCUGCUUCAUUUAAACUGCUUCCGUCAUUACAGAUUGGGUCACGUUCUCGAAGUAGUCCUGGGCACAGGAGAUGAUUGGAGAUGAGAUGAUUCAUUUGUAGGCUACAUCACAUGCAACCAUGCAUCUUUCUUUACCACUUGUUUUUGUGUGUGUGUGUGUGUGUGUGUGUGUUUUGUUCUCCAACACAUCACAGCGUGAAUCACAGGUUAAAUCAGGAGAAACACAAGUUAGGAGCGCUGACUUGCUGUACAUUUCACUUUAGCGCCGGAUGAACGUCCGUAAUGUUUAUAACCCAGCCGUGCCAAUACGACCUAGUGUGUGUCACUAGCUUGUCGGCCUUGCAUCUGUAAGAGUAGAAGUGGAGAGAAUGAACCCGUGUGUGUGUGAGCGUUAAUGCUUCAGUGCACUAAGAUUUAGGACUCGAUCCACACCUGAAGUGCCUAACCUAAUGUAUAGUCUUUAACACUGCGUCCAUGCCGAACACUGUCUCUCUAUGCCAAACCUUUUUUCAGAAAAUAAAUAUAUUUUAUUAUUUAUUAAAAAGGCUUCACAAAGCAA